GCAUUUGGUUUUACUUUGUUGUUAUCCACAUUUUCUAGUUUGUUGUUUUUAAUUAUUUAGCAACAGUAUUCACACAAAAACGGUGGGCAUUCGAAUUUAGAAGAAAAUUACGGAAAAAGCCAUUUAUUUCACAAUAUAUAUUAGUAUAAAUAUCAAAUAUUGAAAAUGGCUACUGACGAACGAAAUUUUCGUUCUAGUUACUAUGAAAAAGUUGGGUGCUAUGGUGUUGAGGAGAAAAAAUCUUUAAAUAAGUUACUAGAGGAUAAUAUAAGAAAUCAUGAAAAAUUAAAACAAUUUUGUUUAAGUUACACAGUUCCUACAACACAAAGAGCCCUACUCUGGAAUAUAAUUCUCGGCGUACUGCCUUUGCAUAAAAAUUCUGCACAAUAUAUUUUAGAGCAGCGGACUGCUGUUUAUGAAGAUUUGCGUCGAGCUGUGCAAAUAAUGCAGUACAUAGAUCGUGAUGUCACAGCACCAACUCCUAAGAGUCAUAAUAUAUAUACCAUGUGGCUACUGGAAAAUAAUCGGUUACUGCAUCAAGUAGAAGGUGCCCAAGAUGACAACUUCAUCGAAAUUGUAAAGGUGUUGCUUCAAAUAUUUGAAAACGAUGUAGAAACUUACUGGAUUGCUAAAAAAUUUUAUGGCUGCACAAAUGAUAUUAAGCAAGAGUGUCCAAAGCUUAAGGAACUGACCCAAAUGUUACUGAAGAGAGAAGAUAUUGCAUUACUAAAUCAUUUAGAUAGUUUGGAAGUAUUUAGCAAUGGUAUAGUGGACAAAUGGUAUUUUAACUGCUUUGCUGGUAUAAUUAAUGAAUCUGCUUUGGUAAAAGUGUGGGAUAAAAUAUGUGGUGGCUCAAGAAAAAUAGUUGUUUUCGUCUUUAUUGAGUUAGUUAAGGCGUUUCGAGAUGCUAUCUUAAAAUGCACCAAUGCUUAUGAAUUUAAGACACUGGUUGAACAGGUGAAAGAUCAAGAUGCAGCAAUUGUUAACAAAGCAAUUAAAACUUGGCAAAGCAAUAAAAAUCAUAGUGAAAUAACAAUACACUAAAAAAUUUA